CACGCACGAUGGCCACGAUAUAUUUCACGUGAAAACGUUGGACGAGGACGCGAAGCACGUAUGAUUUGUAUUUGAAUUUUUCUGAUCAUAUACACUAAUGGGCAAGAGAUACUAUUGUGACUAUUGUGAUAGAUCCUUCAAGGACGACGUCGAAGCUCGUAAGAAACACUUGUCUAGUCUACAGCACAUGAAAAAUCGAGCGGAUCAUUACAGCGUUUUCAAAGAUCCAGAGACAAUAUUGAAGGAGGAAUGCCAGAAAACCCCGUGUAAACGUUACAUGACCAUUGGAGACUGUGCUUUCGGUCUUGGUUGUCGAUUCUCGCAUUACUCGCAACACAUGAUAUCGGUACUAGAACGACUUGUCGCAACAAAGAAUUCUAAAGACAUCACGUCACCCAAGGGUGGAUGGCCAAAUACGGAAGAUAUCAUCAAGGAAUACUUCGAAAAUGUGACGGACUCGAUCGACACCGAGGAAUUUAAUUAUCCGGUUUGGAGUACACCAUCGCAAUUACUCGAUUAUCCAAAUUUACCGGCUUCUCUGUGGCCCGGCACGGCCGAAAGCGCGGCAAGCAGCAAUUUUAGCAAAUGGGGUUAAUGUUGAUACAAAUAUAUAUUUUC